AUGUCACCACGCACGCCUUCCCAAUGCUCGAUCCCCGACGAAGCCUUAGCUUCCCUAACGCUGAGUUCCACACCUCCAGCACACCGCGCUGACCGCUCCCUGGCGCCAAGUCCCGAAGUUCCGCUCCCAGAGGUCCAGGAAGAUAGGCAAAUGUCACCCGGCUCAAGCCCCAUCAUCUCGCCUGUGACCGCCACCCCAAACCAGCAGCUCGAAGAUCCUUCCCGCGGUCUCGAUGAUCAUCUUGCAGCUGAACCUCUGGAAACCAUCACUGCGGAUGAGAGCACUGAGGAGGAGGAAGACUUAGAGGAGGAGGGUUCAGCAACAUCACCAACCACGACGGAGGCUCGCCGCAUAUAUCUCCCGACAGAACAAGAAUGUCCCAUUUGCUUUCGACACGUCUCCUCCGGCAUAUCAACCACCUGCAACCAUUUCUUCUGCCGAGAAUGCUUUAGAGUAUGGAURCGAGUCGCCCAAACGUGUCCCACGUGCCGCAACACUCAGAUUUGGCCUCGAUUAAGGGUGGUGAGACCUCGUCCUGCUGCCGCAAUACUAGCAGGUGUCGAGCAUGAAAUCGAACAGAGGAGGAUCAAGAGGAGCGAGGCUCUUCGGAGGGGCAAUUCUGGCGAUGAUGUAGAUGCUAUUAGCGAGCAAAUGUUGCAAGCUUUCUUGGCGAUCCGUUUGGAGCUUUUGGAUAUGUUGGAGAGGGCUACUGAUCAGAGGGAGAAUGAGGAGUGA